AUGUCUCCAAAACGGAAGAAGACAGGUCAUGGUGACGAUCCGCCCAAGGCGAAGAAGACCGGAUCCGAGGAUACUUCUGACGACGAUACACCCAAGAUCAAUGUCAACUGGUUCAUACCAAAAGAGAAGGGUAAGAAGGUCUACAAAGAAAAAUGCGCAGCCGAGUAUGCCCAGAUCCUCUAUGAGAAAGCGCGAGAAGAGAUAAGUCCGCAACAAGCACCUUUGUUAGAUCCGCAAUUCCGGACGCCAGUAUUCCAAAAUAAAGGCAAAGAUCUGCGAGCGGGAGACAAGUACAGGCCCAGCGCGUCUUUGCGCAACCUGUUCAACGAUAUCAAGAGUAGAAGUAUUGAUAAGGAGGAGGGCCAUAGCAUCACCCAUUUCCAGCAGCAGUUUGGCGACGACGCAAACGUUGCAGUAGUGCUCUCAAGGGCGGAGAACAACGCUACUUUUGUUCUAAAUCAAGACCAGCGUUUGGAAGUGACUGUGAACGAUGUAACUGCACAUGUAGAUUUCAUCCGACGGAAUUCAUCAGAGGAUGGCAGCCCUAUCGGUUACUUCAUUCAACUCCCUCUCAAUACGUCAGUUACAGUGAACGGAACUACCUACACCAACAGCGACGGCUCAUCGUCCAUGCCCUUCUACAUUGGGCCGCUCGAAGGGUAUGCGAUCAUUGAACUACUUUCGCAACCAGCGUUUUUCUUCAGAACUGCAGCAAGCUUGAAAGACACUUCAUCACAUAGGGCGGUAUCUCAAGAAGAGCUCGAUCGUCGCGAUAGAAAUGGCGAUGUUGCUGUGGGAAAUACGAGGGUGCGAUGGAGGCCAAUCGACGCUCCGCUAACGCCAGCGGGACCUGGAGUCACGGGCGUCGCAGAAGAGGUUGAAGAAGAGUCGGAGGAUAACUUCAUCGACACAUUCACCGAUGAAGGGAAGCCGAUCAGAGAUCCUGGUGCGUAUAUGCGAGCUCAACUGUUGUCUCAUCAACAAAGUCGAUAUCGCGAGCUUGUUCCCAGAGUUCUUGCUUCGGUGAACUAUCGAGAGGAAGAAGCUACCGGAUUCAGCUACCAGCAUCAAGGACAGACUUUCAGGCCCGGAAGGACGCUGUUGCAACCAAUCGAGAUGGAAGGGAACCAUCUAUUGCUCGCUGCUCAAAUCCACGCUGACAAGCACAUCACGCUCGAAGUCCUAGAUCCUAUGACAUGGCGAUCAACUUUGUCCAGUCGGAAAGCUAUCAAUGAACACAUCAGAGAGACUUUGCGAAACUCCACAUGGUGGCGGCAUGUCUUUGACUCGUUAGAUCAGAUGGAAGAAAACCUGCCCGAGGCCACGAUGUGGGUACCGGCUGCCCAGGUCACGACAGGUGAUGGCAGCUUUACGUACACCGUCUUGAACGCGUGGGCGCUGGCGAUGGGUCUCGCACCGAACCCGUCGUUUACACCCAGCGCUCAUGGUCACGAGUCGUUCUUCAUCCGAGCCCAACAAAUCUUCGACCUGGCCCUUCAAGACACGUUGAACUGGAGGUUAUUACUCGCCUUUUUCCGCUGCACCGGAUUCGUUAAGCCCAGCGAGAGCAGCGAGAACGACGAAGAGGCAAAUCUUCCGCAUCUAUCAAGGCGAUUUGAUCUUUGUAACCGCUCCUUCCAUAAGCUGAUCGCUCGCGCAACGGCUGCAGAUGCCGUAGCUGAAGGCAAGAAGAUCGAUAUGGAGCUGGUCACUUUGGGACUCGAACAUGGGAUGCGCCAUGAUCAAGCCUUCGUUGGAGAUUCACUGAGCGAGCUUGAACGGACCAACCUCACUUCCAUCGUCCGUGAUGGUCAAUGGAACUUCAAGAUGACAGAGUAUCAACCGGAUGAUGGUCUCAAUGAAAGUGAUCUCUUUCUCCCGCCGCCGAAUCCGCACCUGGAUACUGGCCCAGCCCCGAGAGACUUUGAACCUUGCGUGCAUCUUCGUGAGCAGCUCAAGACACUCAUUGACGCUAAUCUGAUUGCAACAAGUAUCCAGGGCGAGGAAGAGGGAGCGGACAUCUACCAAUUAUCGGAAUCAGAGGUCACCAAUGGUAUCAAGGCUGUCAUGCGAUCUAUCAAUGAUUUGCUCUCAUCUAACCACGGCUUCUCGUUCGCAGAGUUUGCAGGUACCGUGUCUUUCUCAGGUACACAGGGAGACCGCAACAGAGUAGUUUUGGUGUCUCACCAACAUGAAGGACAUUUCAUAUUAGUGGUUCUCCAGUACGAGCUCAAGGCCAGCGCAAGUGAAGCCCGCAAGAGCGAUACGAUCGAGAGCGAAGUAGGCAAGAGCAGACCAGACAAGAGAAAAACAGGCAAGAGCAAGGAUAGCGAAUACGUCGCCGUCACACGUGUAAUUGACUCUGCGCCAUGGACAAUGACGACAGGCGAGCGCGCCAAAAUCCAUGAGCAACUGAAAUCAAGUGGCCUUUUGACAGCUGAAAAGGAAGAGUUCCCGGAUAACGAGACACUGACACUGAAGUGGAUAGAUGGGCCUCAGCAAGCGCGUAUUGAUACAUCUGGCUACUUCACCAUCAUCAGCGCAUGGGCUAUACUACUCGGUCUACCUAUCAACAAUGACUUCCACCCUAAGGAAAAUUUCUUCAGCCAAGCUUCAUAUCUAAUCGAAGCUAUCAAAGGCGGACAUGCAGACUGGAAGCUGAUCUGGGCGUUCUUGCGCUGCGUCGGCUACACUCUAUCAGACCAAGCACCUCCACAAGAGCGACGAUUCAAAUCUCGUCGCAACGUCGAUGCUAGUGCGCGGCGAGAGUUCAAAGAAAGCAAAGAGAGGUUGAAGAAACGGAGAGAAAAGAUCUGGGGACAGAAUUACAAGUCAAUGAUGGCGAAAUUGCCGCAUCACCGCCUCAGAUACCCACACUUUUCCAUUUCGGUCAACGCAGGACUAGCGCACAAUGAAGUCUUCCCAUGGGAUGAUUACGAUGGACCUGACAGAAGAGCACGUAUACCCGAGUUGAUCAAAUCUGGAAAGUACACGAGACAUCUGCAAACUACGCCUACAGUCCCCAAUGCAAAUCCACUUGCAAAACCAACCGCAAAUCCACUUGCAAAACCAACCGCAAAUCCACUUGUAGAUCCACCUAUAGGUCCACCUGCAGGUCCUGCACCGUUGCCUAGCUCGACAAAAGACCCGAAGACAGGAGCCCUAGUCACUACAGGUGGACAUGUUGUAGCAGGUGCAGAUCCGCCUGUGGGUGACAAUCCCAUUCCGAAGAACCUGGAUCUUUUUGACAAAGUCGCUCGCAUUCCAGAACUCCAACGUCUCGGCACUUUUGACGAGAAGCUUUCCCGUGAAGAGAUACGGAAGCGCUACGACGCAUCAGCAAAAGACUUCCAACCAUGCGAGCAUCUUCGUCGCACAUUGCAGAACUUGCUGGCAGACGACAAAGUCAAGGAAGAGGUGAAAACCUUUAGAAGUGGCGAAAGAGUAACGACCGGGUUUGGGCUCUGGCUAUCCGACGAAGAGGUGGCCAUGCACGCCGCUGCGGUCACUUUGGCUAUCAACGACACGCAGAGUAUCGAAGAGGGUUACAGUGUUGUGUCGGCCGCAACUGUUGAGUCGUGUAAAGGUGUUGGCGUCAGCGUGCCUCCUGCACUUCGACCCGGCCGUCCUCUACUCAUGCCAUUGUACUCCGAAAGUCAUUUCGUUCUGGUAAUCGUGCAAUUGAACGAAAAGGGCUUACCCGAAAUGUCGGUUCUCGACUCGUUGUUCUACCAUUACAACGCUGCUCAACGUCACCACAUCUUUGAGAUUGCCUGGAGGGUAGUAUGUCGUACGGCUUGGUACAGGCGACAUUUCCCAGAUGAAGCUACUUUCGAGAACGCCAAGCCUUCUCAUGCAACUUGGGUCAGAACCGCUCUUCAACCGAGCACGAAUGAGUGUGGCUAUUUCGUAAUACUUAACGCCUGGGGACUGGCGCUGGGCUUGGAGCUCAAUCCUGCGGUGCGACUUAAAUGGACAAAAUCGUUCUUCGAUGAGCUGUUCGAUGUUAUCAGUCUUGCGCGUCUGGGGUACGCAGACUGGAAGCUCAUUUUUGCUUUUCUACGAUGUCAUGACAUCGUACGGAAUGGCUCUGUACCCGAGAACAGGCGUUUUGCCCAAACUCAUGCCAUACAAGACGAAGAUAGAAUGGUAGAAGAUUUGGGAAGUCUUGUUGAUCUAGAGUCGGUACACUGGCAAGUGCGGCAGCAGCCCACGCUUGAAGAGAAUGAGAAAAUACGGCGCUGUAAUCGCAUUCCAGGCCUCAACGGUCUAUCACACAACCAGACUGGCGGCUUCUCUUCCGACAAAUGGACCAGUUCAAUCAAAUCGAAGCAUGUACCUCGCCUUCAGCAGCUGGGUAUUCUUAAUGUCGACCAUAACAGCUCCCAAUUGGAACAAGCUUAUAAAAGCUCGUGGGAGAUAGUCUGCGAAAGAUUGCUCAACUCCGUCCCAGGGUCUGUCGCCGAAAUGACACGAGACACAUUGAUACAAAGUUUACGAGAUCACCUCGACAACCACUUUGCUGAGGUGGCAAAACAUUACAAUGACACCCCUGGAGCAAGGGUGAAAAAUGCCUAUCAGACUUAUGUCGCCCUCAUGCGAAAACAUGACGUACGGCAAAGCUUCGGAGAUAUCGGCGUCGGGGUUACGCUGUCGGCCAAGAAUGACUGGAAACGGCAUCUAAGCGAUUCCGAAGUGAACCUGGCCAUCGUGUCAGUUUUGGAGGCUAUCGAUAAUCUCCAAGCAGAUGCGCACGGGCGUAUAGACUCCGCGAGGGUCUUCGCGGGAGGUUUUACGUUGACGACUUCCUAUAAUUUGUCACUCGCCCUCUCUUCUAACGAACCCGAUGAUGGGAGUCUCUUCGACAAUCUGGCGCUUUCACGCCCUCGAAGGGCUUGGUUGAUGCCUUUGGUAGUCAGCGAAGGUGGCCUGUUGGAUGUGUUGAAGAAGUGGGUGGAGGAAAAGGGUGUGAAAUGGAAACCCCCUACUAACAAUCAAGCUGGAGGCCAUACGCUCCUCGUGUUGAUCCAAGAAUCGUUCAACGAUGAGGACGACGCUGAUCCGGGAGGCACCCAUUUCGAGAUGCUAUUCAUCGACAGCUGUCAGAAAGUCUUCAAAGACGUGCAAGAAUUCUUUGUAGACCGCCUCAGCAAGGCCCAUAAACGUCUUAAGUGGUCAGACCAUCGCCAUGUUUGGGACGCCGUCACACCUCGCGACACACAUGACGAUAUAGAAGUUCCCCAGCAGGAAGGCGGCGGCUGGCAAUGCGGGCAUCACACCGUGAUCAACGCCUGGAUAAUUGCGAUGGGUCUUCAUCCCAAAGUGAACGCAACUUACAACGAGAUCACAUAUACCAUGAUCUACAGGUUCGCUCAAAUGGCCACUGCCGGCAUACUAGACUGGCGGACGCUUGCUGAAUUUCUUGUCGGCAAGAAGUUCACUACGGAGAAGAGUGCAGACGACGUACCAGUGUCUCGCCGGUUCAAGUUCACUUGUGCUCAAACCAAUGAGAUUGCGCUGGAUACGAAGAUCAGAACAUACGCACUUGUAGACACUGCUCUUGGUGCACUACCGCCGACAGACACAGCUUAUGACCGCAACACCAACUUUGUUCCUAUCCAAGAGGAAGAAGAAGAGGAAGGGUUAGCACGAGGGUUUGAGGAUAUGGAAUUAGAUUUGCCUGAUAAUCGGAGGAAUCCUAAAAGAAAACUGCGCGACGAUGGUAGCGACGGUCUCGCUCUGUGGGAUGAUGUAGCCGCUGGACGGGACGGAAGACAUGUUACUGCGGCCGACGCGCCGCGUCGAAGCAAGAGACAAAGGCUGUCGAACGGCCUCUCUUUUCUCGACGCGUACUAA